UAUUUUCCAAUGAGUGAGACGGUGUGCAGGCAGCUGAGUGGACCUGGACUGGAACAAAGCGUGCAGCAAGUGAACCUUGCAGACUCAAGUGCGUCAAAACAAACGGGGACGUAGUGGAAUGCAGGGACUGACGUCAAGAGAGGCAAUAAUGCACUGCUCCAACUGUGUGGAAGGUCUGAUGCUGUUUCUGUUGCCACUUCACUGCUAACCGAGUGGAAUUUCUCUCUCAAAAGGCCUCUGUUUGUGCUCUAGCUUUUCACUUUUUACAUGUAUCAGUCAUUGCCCCUUUACGGUGGGCCCCAUACUUUGCCUUACUUUUUUUCUAUUCUACGUUGUCUUUGAACGAGCAACACCUUCUGCAGAGUUUUAGAUUUUUUUUCUAUAGGUUGAAAAGCAACAUGGCAUCCCCCCAACAUCAACAACUGCUGCCUCAGAACACAGAAGUGAGCUGUGACUCAAGUGGAGAUGGAGGCGUCUCGGUGAGGAUUGGCAGCACCGUCCGACACAAGCACGGAGGCGGGCCGCUCGGUUCAAUCGGGGGAGGCCUCAUCGGGGGAUCCAAGCACUGCAAGUACAGCAUCUCCUCGAGCUGCGGCUCCGGGGAAUCCGGAGUCAGGAAGCCGACAGUCAGGAGCUUUCGCACGCACAAGAAGAUGCCUCAGCUUUUCGAGAGAUCCGCAGGCCAUUUCUGGGACCCAAAGUUUGACUCCUCGAUCCUGGAGGAGGCCUGCAGAGAACGCUGUUUCCCUCAGACCCAGCGGCGCUUCCGCUACGUGAUCCUUUACCUGAUGGCUGUCGGCUGCCUCUGGGGAUUGUACUUUGCUGCCAACCCUUCCCGCUGUGACAGGGCUGUCUUUCUCCUACCCACUGCCUCCUUCCUCCUUUUCUGUAUCCUCCUCUUCCUCUUAACUUUCACUAAGCUCUACGCGCGCUUCUACAAUCAAGCAUCCCUGCUGCUCAUCGUUGUCACCUUCAUCCUCACCCUGGCCCCCCAGAUCCAGACAUCAGGCUUCAGGGACCCAGAGACUCCCACACCGACACCUGAUUUGGAAGAGUUCAGUGGCAUGGGGUCCGCCUACAACCUGUCCCAGGACCAGCUUGUAGGAGGCGGCACCUGGUCGCCCUGUAUAUCUCCUGUGGGCACCUUCUCCCUCUGUAUUGAAGUUCUUCUGUUGCUGUACAGUGUUCUCCACGUUCGCCUCUAUGCUUCUGUCUUGCUCGGCUUAUUCUACUCAGUGUUUUUUGAGACUUUGGGCUGGCUGCACCUGACUCAGGCCAGGGCCAACUGGAGCAUUGCCUCGCAAUCAGACUGGGACACGCUGUGUUGGCUAGGCCCAGCCAAAGCCCUGCUCCACCUCUGCGCCCACGUCAUCGGCAUCCACCUGUUCAUCAUGUCUGAGGUGCGGUCGCGCAGCACCUUCCUCAAGGUGGGACAAGCUAUAAUGCAUGGUAAAGAUCUGGAGGUGGAGAAAGCCCUGAAGGAGCGAAUGAUCCACUCUGUCAUGCCCAGAAUUGUGGCCGAUGAGCUGAUGAAGCAGGGUGAUGAAGAGAUGGGUGAUCAUUCAGUCAAAAGAUACUCCACCAGCGGUGCAGCAGCUGCCAUCUCCAGUCCCAAAAACAACAAACGCAAGAAAACCUCCAUCCCUCGAGGCCAGAUCAUCUUCCGACCCUUCAACAUGAAGCGGAUGGAGCCUGUCAGCAUCCUGUUUGCAGACAUUGUGGGCUUCACAAAAAUGUCUGCCAACAAAUCUGCUCAUGCCCUCGUGGGACUUCUGAAUGACUUGUUUGGACGUUUUGAUAGACUGUGUGAGCUCACUGGUUGUGAAAAGAUAAGUACACUAGGAGACUGUUACUACUGUGUGGCCGGUUGUCCCGAGCCCAGACCGGACCACGCCUACUGCUGUGUGGAGAUGGGCCUGGGCAUGAUCCAAGCUAUCGAACAGUUUUGCCAGGAGAAGCGGGAGAUGGUGAACAUGAGGGUGGGGGUCCACACCGGCACGGUGCUGUGUGGCAUCCUGGGCAUGAAGCGCUUCAAGUUCGACGUUUGGUCAAAUGACGUCAACCUGGCCAACCUGAUGGAGCAGCUGGGAGUGGCUGGGAAGGUCCACUUGUCCCAGGCCACUGCGAACUUCCUGGACGACCGCUUCCAGCAUGAAGAUGCACAGGUCACUGAGCGGAUAGGACAGAGUGUGGUGGCUGACCAGCUCAAAGGCCUGAAGACCUAUCUGGUCUCUGCCAGGAAGAUUGAGGCGAACUCUCACUGUAACUGCUCCCAGACCGGGUUGGCUGGACCGGAGAUUGCAGAUCCGUGGUGUCCGAUGCCCAGAGUGCACACUCCUGAUGGAGCGCCUUCGCCCUGCAUCGUGGACCCUGACAGAGCCAAGUCUCCCUGCCUGUCCUGCAGUGUGGUCCCGAUAGCAGGGGAGGAGCAGGAUUUGGAGGAAGGGCCGGUGCUCAACGGAGGCCAUGACGACAGCAAGACCAACAGCAGCAAGGAAACUCCACAGCUGAAGUGUUCCCCGGUGGUCUCUGCACGACGCAACCCCAAGGCUCUGAACGGCCUCCUCAGCCCCCGACUGGAGGCCCUGAACAACAGCCAAACAUCGCUGUGUGAGAUGCUGCAGGAGAAGGAGAAGAAGACGUGGAGUGGGGGGGCCCUGGGCAUGGACCACUCUGCACUCAUCCCUCUGCGAUCCAAGAACUUCAGGGAGAGGAGCGACGCCCACUUUGUGGACGUCAUCAAAGAGGACAGCCUCAUGAAGGACUAUUUCUACAGACCGCCGAUAAACAAGCUGAGCCUCACUUUCCUGGAGAGAAGCCUGGAGUCUGCUUACCGGAUCAGCUACCAGGAGGAGGUCGAGACCCAAGCAGCCGUGCAGACUUUUGCCAGCCCGACGUUCAGUUCUUUCCUGGACAUGCUGCUGUGCUGCUCAGUGUUUCUGGCUCUCUCGCUGGCUUGUUUCCUCCGGACACUUGUCACCCAGCAGAAGCUGUCCACGCCAGCAGUCUCUCUGACCGCUGCUGCCACCCUGCUGGAGACUCUCGCUCUGCUGUUUUCUAUACGUAUGGCGUUCUACCUUGACAGCACGCUGCGCUGCACUCAGGUGCUGAUGAGUGCGAUCUCAGGCUGGAUAGCUCGUCACUUUAUAGGAGCCGUCCUGGUGUCCGCGCCGGCUGUGGCCGUCUUCUCCCACGUCACGUGCGACAUGCAUCACUCCAUCCAGUUCACCAUGUUCGUCUGCUGCUCUGUCAUCAUAGCCAUCAUUCAGUACUGUAACUUCUGCCAGCUCAGCUACUGGAUGCGAUCCACUCUAGCAACACUGGUGGGACUGGGUCUGCUUGUCCUGCUCUUCAGCUCUCCCUGCAGUGUUGCCAAGAGUCUGUUUCACUGGUCUGAUAGACAGAACAACAACACUAACAGCUCAACUGUCAUGUCUGACAGCCCAGUAGGCCCUGACCCACAGCUCAGACCCCAGGACCUGCUGGGCCCUGAGGCCUGCGUGGCCUUUUUUCUUCUUCUUCUCCUGGUCUGGUUCCUCAACCGUGAAUUUGAGGUCAGUCACAGGCUGCAUUACCAUGGCAACGUGGAAGCUGAUCAGCACCGCAUCAAGAUCCAGAACAUGAGGGACCAGGCCGACUGGCUGCUUCGCAAUAUCAUCCCCAUCCAUGUGGCCGAGCAGCUAAAGGUCACCCAGAGCUACUCGAAGAACCACGACAAUGUGGGCGUGAUAUUUGCCAGCAUUGUAAACUUCAGUGAGUUUUACGAGGAGAGCUACGAGGGAGGCAAGGAGUGCUACCGUGUCCUCAACGAACUAAUCGGGGACUUUGACGAGCUGUUGCGGAAGCCUGCCUUCAGCAACAUCGAGAAGAUCAAGACCAUCGGGGCUACGUACAUGGCAGCGGCCGGUCUCAAUGCGCAGCAGUGUGCGGACGCGCCGCAUCCCCACGCCCACCUCCGUGCUCUUUUUGAAUUUGCCCUGGAGAUGAUGCACGUUGUGGACGACUUCAACAAGAACAUGCUGGGAUUCGGCUUCAAGCUCCGCAUUGGAUUCAACCAUGGCCCUCUAACAGCGGGGGUGAUCGGCACCACUAAGCUUCUCUACGACAUCUGGGGCGACACGGUCAACAUCGCCAGUCGCAUGGAUACAACAGGCGUGGAGUGCCGCGUCCAGGUCAGCGAGGAGAGCUACUGUGUGCUCAGUGGCAUGGAUUAUGAGUUUGAUUACCGAGGCACAGUAAACGUCAAAGGCAAAGGUCAGAUGAAGACCUUCCUUUACCCUAAGAGCAGUGACAGUGGCCCUGUGCCCCAGUACCAACUCUCCGUUUCACCAGAGAUCCGGGUACAAGUAGAUGGUAGCAUCGGGCGCUCGCCCACCGAUGAAAUUGCCAGCAUGGUCCCCACGACCGCAUGCAGUACCAACACUAUUGUACCCAGUGGCAGCAGCGGGUCCUCCACUACCACAGGGCUUACUCAUGAGAAUGAGGCGGGCAGCCGCGAGCGACGCCCCUCUACUGAGAUCGCUCACGCCAGAAGAUCUCUGUCUCACAGUGGCCUGACCGUUACCAAUCUGGACGGAGCUCCUCCUCCUUCUGUAAGCAACGCACAGCUCAACGUCUCAUCCUCUCUCCAGCAGAAUAAACCACAAACUUCAACCAAGUCCCCGAAAGACGUCGAGCAGCACCAAUACGAGGAUGAGCGUAAGGCCGGAGAGCUGACCAGACUUUAAGAAUUUGCUACAGUAUAUCAUCGACCCUUUAAGCUCUUGUUCCUGCCAGUUGGCAUUUGUAGAAUUUCUGUAUGUUUGGUACUGUUAAAUCAUCCACAGGCUUCUUCUCCGGUUCGGCCCGAUGGCUUUUAGUGUAAUAUCUGCUUGGCUGAUGUCAUCACUGGAGGUUGCUGGGUAGACCACAAAGAGAGUGUCGGGCAGGAACGGAGGGAGAAUGAGAGGAUGUGACGGCCGACUUUGAAUCUUCUCCUGCCUGCUACAUUUGCCAUCGUCUCCCAAUAACUUACUUGGUUAUCUUUAUACCUUUAAUCCUGAUUCUGUCUUUCAUAUGUCUUUUUAAGUGCCUCUAGAAUAGAAGAAUGUGUAGACUAAGCAUUUUUUUGGGUAACAGAAGGAUAUCAUAAAGGGAAAACUGUAAAUUAGAACACUUCUGGAAAAAAAUGCUCAGCUUUUGUUACCAUUUUACUUUGUCAACUGUGUUUUUGCUACGAUAUUUUGCCUUUUAUCAACAAAGAGCUCAGAAAGCUGACCUGCAUAUUGGAAAUGCUACAGUGUGAACCAUUUCCAGGAGAUGUAUUGGUCAAAUCUGCACUCAAAUGCAGCGGAGCCAGAAAACUCACCAUGCGAUGCACAAUGGAGAAUAAUCAAUACGGGCGACAGUGUGUGGGACUGGGUGUUUGUGUAGCAGGAUCAUGCAGGCUCUAAUGAGGAGAGGUGCUGGAUGACAAACACUUCAGGUACAAGGGUGUUUGCUGAGGUAAAGAUCUUUGUAUUGCCUCGGUGGCCUCAGCUCCUCUUGAUCAGCAUGCUUGCAACAACGGCCCCAUAGAUGAGACUCACUACUACCAGUAUUUGGGCCCUCCCCCAUGAUCCAGGCUGUGUCGGGGAGCCAGGCUGUGUUGUGUAGUGGUGAUGAGUAUUUAAUUGACCCUCAGCUGUGACUUUCUAUGGAUCCAAGACAACACCUGGUCCAGGUUUGCUUUGGUUUACACUGCGCGUUAACUGAUAGCGCUUUUAGGACGCGGAUAAUCAAAGUAGAUUGUUGCAAAUCGAAACUAAAUUUUUUACGUUGUAUUUGUUGUGACACAAAACUUGAACUCUUAUUGUGUAGCUUCCCUCUCUCUCUCUCUCUCUGUAAUUUCUAUGAUUUGAAAGGUGGUAUCGGCCACAGUCAGCUGGGUUCAUUAGCAGCUUCAGCCUCGCAAUUGCAUGAAACGUAAUGUAAUAGCAAUGUAAAGGCAAAGGCACCAAUUGUAUUUCCUAUGGUGUUUUUACUCUUUUUUUUUUUUUCUUUGACUUAACUGAAAUCUUGUUGCGUUAGAUUAUUAAGGAAAUCAAACGGACUAGACUACACAUCUCUCGCUGUUACUUCUCCUCUCUAUUUGUUUUUUAGCAGAAAGGAUUGUGUGCUCAGAGGCAAAAAAGUUUCUACCAUGAAAUCCACUUCAGUGACUAAUUUUUGACAAUUAGAAUAUCCUGAACAGCACAUUAACAACCUCGUUUUUUUUGUAUUGACUUUUUCUUAAUCAUCACUUUUAAAUAAUAAACCAAAUAUGGUUAAUACUGCAGAACAAAAUAGAACAAAUUGAUUUUUUCACAUUAAUACCCUAGUAGUUAGAUUAGUUGUCGAUGUGUGAAAUUGGGGAAGCUUGUGCCUUUUUAACUCAUUUCUUUUUUUUUAACUAUCACCUCUGAAUUGGUUUAGUUUCUUUGAAAGCUUACGUUCUACAGGAAUGUUUACUUUUGCGCUUAACGGUCGUAAAAUUUGAGCUGUGCCUUUUCUCCAUAUAUACAAUUCAGUGUAAAUGUACCAAACGUAUUUUACAAUAGCUGGCCUUUUUGCAGUUGUUGCAUUUCUUUGUGUGUUUCAGUUUGUACUGUAUUUAUUUUGUCAGAUGUUGGUUAGUGGUUGAAGUAAAUGCAAUAAUAAGAGCUAAACAUCAAUCAUUUAUGAGGGGAAAUAACCUUCUCUUCGCUUAUGAGCACACAACUCUUGAACCAGCCCGAAAUCUGUUUGUCUUACAACAAUAAAGGGACACUAAUAAUUGUUUUUGUUUAAAAAAGGGUAAGUUCUUAAUAGAGGUCAUCAUACUUGAGUGUCAGGUAAGGCGAGUAAGCUAAAUUUCUUCUUUUAUUCUUGGUAAUAUUGUUUGCUGUAUUCGAGUAUUGUUUUUUUGUAAAAAAUUAAAUGUUUUUAUGGAUUAGUGAUGUUGACAAUGAUGUCAACUCCCAUGUUUGAGCGCUUAUCAUAAUUUAACUUUCAUCGCAAAAACAAGCUUGUUGAGAUGUAAGUGACAUUCUGAACCAGGAGAAUGACACACGGGGGAGGGGGGGGGGACUUUGAUGCCAAAGAGUGUCAUGACCAUCUCAUGAACUGUCUCUGUAUAUUACGUCUCAUUUCCUUCCUAAUUUGCAGGUUGUGUUGUGCACGUUCAAGAACGGUCGUUUAUAUAUUCAGUGUUAAAACACAUUUGCACAUGGUGCUCAUUUUUUUAAGUACAGUAUGCCUUUGUAUUGUAUAUUAUCUAAGCAUUUUCCUAUUAUUUAUAUUCGCUGCAUGUACUAGAGUGUUAAAUAGUCUCAAGGACUGGGUAAUUUGAACAAUGUUGGAAUAAUAUUUGUGUAUGCUGUAAGCCUGCAUGUGUUUACAAAUUUACGAGUGUGUGUAAAACUGUGUGGUUGUGUGUGUUUUGGACGGGAGGCUCUAAUCUUAGCAGGAAUUUUAGUGAACCUUGUCAUCUUCAAAAGUUUGACACGCUAGGACAGUAAGGCUUCAAUACAGAUUUCCCUUUUAAAAUCGAACUGGCCAAAUGAAGAAAAUUAGGCAAGAUGUCUGCAGGUAGGCAGCGUCUCAGCAGCCCACACGCAAGUUUUUAUAAAUCGUUGCUUUCUCUGGAAUUUUUUUUUUGUAUAUAGCACGCUAAUAGUUAUGCAAGUGAAGAUUAAAAUUGAAUAAAGCCAGUU